UUCACGACUGUGUCUAGGGUUGCGUUCCAAAAUUCAACUCUGUCAACUCGAAUAUCAUUUUAUCCUUGUUGGUCACUGAAUGUUGAAUAAAGAAAAAUAUUCGGAGUUAAUAGAGUCAAGUUUUGGAACGCACCUCAGUGAACCACGUGAGAUGAUGUAAUUCGCCAUAACCUCAAAUUAGAAAAUAUUUAUUUCUAUCGUAUCAAUUUUCCUAUUUGCGACUAUGAAAGUUAAGAAUGAGAAUGAAGGGAAAAAGGAUGAAAGUGGUAUUAGCCAAGGAGCAGCCUUGGAUAAUGAAGAUUUAUGGGGAUCUGAUAUGUAUCCAGAAAGGAGAGGAAGAAAAUUUCAGCACAGUUGGUUUAAGUAUUUACUUGGCGCUGAGGGACGUGAAUCAUUAGACAAAAAUCGAUGCGAAAACAAUGUUUAUAAAUGUAUAAAAGAAAGUCCUAUAAUAAAACUUAUGAUGGGAGCAUUGAGGAGUUCUGGAUGUGAAGUAGAUAUUCGACGACAUAUUUCUUGUGAAGUGUGUAAUCCAAUUGUAACUGGUGGAUAUGAUUCAGAAUUUAAUCAGAUAGUUAUCUGUCAAAAUUCAGCAUAUAAUGAAAACAUGGUUCGAGCAGUUCUUCUACAUGAAAUGAUUCAUAUGUUUGAUUACUGCCGUAAUAAGUUAGAUGUGAAAAAUAUUGAUCAUCUAGCCUGUACAGAAAUUAGAGCAGCAAAUCUUGGACACUGUAGUUUUAUGAGUUCACUGUUACAAGGCGAUUCGUCUUUUAUUAAUAUAAAAGCAACACAUCAGAAUUGUGUAAAGCAUAAAGCAUUACUGUCAGUAAUGGCUGUGCACAAAGUAUCAAAAGAAGUUGCAGAAGCAGCUAUAGAGAGAGUUUUUACAAAGUGUUAUAAUGAUUUAGAACCAAUUGGCAGAAGAAUUCGUAGAAAUUCAUUUGAUAUGCCGAGAGCAUAUGCGGAAGGACAUUUAUAUGGAUAUGACGUGUAA